AAACGCUGCUGCCUCCUUUUUAACCUCGUCACUCUCACCUGGCAGCUCCCGCAACUCCUCCUCCGGAGAGGAGGAGCACCUUCAGGACUAGUCGAGGAGGAGCACCUUGAGGACUAGUUGAGGAGGAGCACCUUCAGGACUAGUUGAGGAGGAGCACCUUGAGGACUAGUUGAGGAGGAGCACCUUCAGGACUAGUUGAGGAGGAGCACCUUCAGGACUAGUUGAGGAGGAGCACCUUCAGGACUAGUUGAGGAGGAGCACCUUGAGGACUAGUUGAGGAGGAGCACCUUCAGGACUAGUUGAGGAGGAGCACCUUCAGGACUAGUUGAGGAGGAGCACCUUGAGGACUAGUUGAGGAGGAGCACCUUCAGGACUAGUUGAGGAGGAGCACCUUGAGGACUAGUUGAGGAGGAGCACCUUCAGGACUAGUUGAGGAGGAGCACCUUCAGGACUAGUUGAGGAGGAGCACCUUGAGGACUAGUUGAGGAGGAGCAGCGUGAGUUCCGGCCCUAAAUCAUCUGCCGGAGAGCGUCUCCAGUGCAAACUCACCCCGCUGCAAUCGGACUGCACCCAUGAGCUCCACCUGAGACCCCCACUCCUCCCCUGUGGCUUGCUGGAUUUACUUUUGGGAACCCUUCUUCAGGAUGCUGUGGGACCUGGGACUCGUGCUGCUGCUGCUGGUCUUCACUCCGCAAGCUGCUGGAGGUCAAGACUCAGCAUCUGGAUCAGUCCGGGUCUGCAGCGAGUCUGACCCGGACUCUUUGUGUCCAGAAGGCGGCGAGCUGCCGGCCGGCGGCCCCGUCCGCCUGCUGCGGCUGCUGAAGACGUCCACGCCGGGCGGCGGUUCGGGGUUCGGAGCGGACCGGCGGCGGCCCAAGAGGUCGGUGUUCCUCCACGGCGCCGUGAAGAUCUGCCCCCAAGAGACCGCCGACGAGGUGCUCGCCAGCCACCGGCGGUACUACCAGCUCCGAGUUUGCCAGGAGGCCGUGUGGGAGGCGUUCAGGAUCUUCUUGGACAGGAUUCCCGGGACGUCGGAGUACCAGAGGUGGGUCCACACGUGUCGACACGAGGAGCUCCGCCUCUCCCACAUCGCCCAGAACUUCAGCAGCUCGGAGGAGCACCGGAGCCUCGUCCACAGGAGGAUGAACCUCAUGAGAGUCCGGACGCCCCCCCCGCGAGAGGCGACUGGACCACCGCCGACCCCCCAGACCUCCCGGACCUCCCGGACCCCCGAGACCCCCCAGGAAGCCGGUGCAGCGGUUCAGACCGUCGCCCCGCCGGUUCCCACCAGCACCGUCGUCCUCCUCCGCCCUGCCAGGGCCUCCACCAGCCCCGGCCUCCAGCUGACCCAGCCAGCCGAGGAAGAGGAGGAGGAGGAAGAGGAGGUAAAGGACUCGGAGCUCCCCAACGUGGUCCCCGAGGGUCCGGCGGAGCAGCGCGUGGAGUUCAGCAUCGACCUGGUGGACCCGGGCUACCGGGAGCUGCUGGACGAUCCGGACUCCCCCCAGUACGUGGACCUGGCUCACCACCUGCAGGACCAGAUGCAGCAUGUGUUCGACAAGCUUCCAGGAUACAAAGGCAUCGAGGUGCUGGGGAUCAGCGAGACGCAGGACACUGACGGGCCUGGAGGAAUCUCGGUGCGUUACUCUCUGGUCUUCGAGAUCAAUUCUCCUAAAAUCACCUCGAAGGCCCCUGAGCCGGCCCCCUCGGCCCCCUCCGGCCUCUGGGCGGUGGUGACGGAGGCACUGCGCGAGGAGGCGUCGCUGCCCAUCGAUCUGGACUCGCUCACCUUCCAACCAGGAGGAAUCUUCCUGCCGGCUCAGACGGCGACCUCGACGGUGGAAGUAGUGGAUGAGUUCAGUGAGCCCGAUUCACACAACGAGUUGGAAGUGUCCACCGGGGAGCCGGGGGCCCAGAGGCCUCCCCUCCGGCCCUCGGAGGAGGAGAACGCCCUGGGGACCCUCCUCCAGCCCACCGCCGGCCCCGCGGAGGAGAUCACCGAGGAGUCGGAGGCAAUUUAUGUGAGUGAGCGCUGGCCGUCAGACGAAAAGGAGGAGGAGGAGGAUGAAGAAGAAUUGCCAAUCAUUACCCACGAGAUUGAAACCAUUCAUCACAGGGAAACGGGUGAACUUGUAAGGGACUACAUCGCGACCCCGCCCGUCAUCCUCCAGCUGGAGACAGACGCUCCAAUCAGCCUUUCCCCCAACCUGAUCUCAGAGGAAGACCUGAGUCCUGUGGACCAGGACCAUGAGGACCCUGAGGACAAUGAGGAACCUGAGGACCACGAGGACCCUGAGGACCACGAGGACCCUGAGGACCACGAGGACCAUGAGGACCAUGAGGACCCUGAGGACCAUGAGGAACCUGAGGACCAUGAGGACCCUGAGGACCCUGAGGACCAUGAGGACCAUGAGGACCCUGAGGACCCUGAGGACCCUGAGGACCAUGAGGAACCUGAGGACCAUGAGGACCAUGAGAACCCUGAGGACCAUGAGGACCAUGAGGACCCUGAGGAACCUGAGGACCAUGAGGACCAUGAGGACCCUGAGGAACCUGAGGACCCUGAGGACCAUGAGGACCAUGAGGAACCUGAGGACCCUGAGGACCAUGAGGAACCUGAGGACCAUGAGGGCCAUGAGGACCCUGAGGAACCUGAGGACCAUGAGGGCCAUGAGGACCCUGAGGACCAUGAGGAACCUGAGGACCAUGAGGACCAUGUGGACCAUGAGGACCAUGUGGACCCCGGGCCAGAUGUCGUCCCCCAGACCACACAGAGAUCAUUGACCACAGCGCCCCCCGAUGAGGAAACGGCUGAUGUCACUACCCUCUCAGGCCUCACGGGCCAGCCGCCCACUCAUCCAGCGACGCCUCGGGAAGACCAAGACGUCAACGCUCUUCCCGAUGAGGAAGAGGCCGAGCAGUAUGACCUCAAUGAGGAAGAGGCCGAGCGGUACGACCUCCAUGAGGAAACGGGUCCCCGAGAUGUCUCGAAGUUGGAAGGUGAAUCUGAAACGCUGCAGCCGGAGGGAGGGUUAGUGGUGGAACCCGACGGAGCGCCUGAAGGUUUGCAGCCGACGCCUGAACUAACGGAAGUUUAUGAACAAGAGGAAGGGAAUUUAGAGACGACAGAACCUGAAGCUGAAGUCUCAGAGGCAGAAGAAGAAGCUGAAGUCUCAGAGGCAGGAGAAGAAGCUGAAGUCUCAGAGGCAGGAGAAGAAGCUGAAGUCUCAGAGCCACAGGAAGAAGCUGAAGUCUCAGAGCCAGAAGAAGAAGCUGAAGAGGAGGAAAUAGUUGAAGUUUCAGAGCCAGAGGAAGAAGAAGCAGAAGAGUCUCUGGAAGACAAUCAAGACAAGGUAGCAGCUUCAGAGCUGGAGCAGAAGGAGCUUGAUGAGGAUUCAGAAGUUUCUGAAGCAGAAGACGCCACACCAGAGGAGGCAGAAACAGGCAUUAGCGCAGUAGAGAUGUUGUAUGAAGAAGGAGAAGAUGUGUUGCAACCAGAGAAGGGAAUAGUUGAAGUUAGAGGUGAGGUCAUUGAGGAACCAGAAGAAGAUCUAUUUGAUGAGUUGCAUCCGAGUUUAGAAACUAAGAGAGAUGAUGAGGUUUCAGAACCAGAUGCAGAAGUAGAGGAAGAGUCAGAAGUCUCAGAACAAGGAGAGGAGGUGGUUGAACCUGAAGGAUCAGAAGGACUAGUACCUGAAGCUUCCCAACUGGAAAACGAGGUGGAGGCAGUUGAUGUUGUGCGACCGGUAGAAGAAGAGGAGGAGGAGGUCGCUGAGGUUCCAGAACCAGAGGAGGAGGCUGUGAAAUCCACCGAGGACGUGGUUAAGAUGUCAGAAGUAGAUGAAGAAGUUGUCAGAGCGCCAGGUGAAGGUGAAGGUGAAGGGGCGGUUGAGGAAUUGGAAUUGGGAGUAGCAGGAACAGGAGACGAGGAAGUCCAGGCUGCAGAAUCAGAGGAGCCAGAAAAGGUUUCAGAACCAAGUGAAGAAGUUCUAGAGGUUGUAGACGUAGCUCCAGAACCAGGGAAAGAGGCCGAAGAAGAAGAAGAAGUACCAGAACCAGAGAAGGAUGUAAGAGCAGAAGGCAAAGUGAUCCCGGUACCAGAGAACGAGCCCAAGGACCGCUUGGAAACCCAACGUCCACCAGAGGCUGGAGAGGAGGCGACUGAUGUCUCUAAGGAAGAACGAGAGGAGGAGGGUCCAAAGGAAGCAUCAGAAUCAGAAGAGGGCGCCGUUCACGUGUUACCGCCGGCAGAAGAGUUACCCGAGGUGUCGGAGCCGGAAGAGGAAGCAGGACUCGUUGAUCCAGAGCAUGAGAUAGUCGAGGUUUUAGAACCCGAACCAGAGGGAGACGUCACUGACCCACCGGCCGAAGCCAUUAAAAUCCUCCACCCACCGGACGGCACGGCGGAGCUCGGCUUUGGAGACGACACCGUCCAGAAUAUCCAAGACAACGAGUUCCUUCCAGCAGCCGGACCGGACGGCCACCGGCCACUCGAGGAAGACAACGCGGUCCCGCUCGGCGGAGGUGGACCUGACCCUGAAUAUCACGUCGUCCGUGACUUCUCCACCGAGCAGGAAGUGGAGACCAUCACACCGACGGCAACUUCCAAGAGGGAUCCGCAGUCUGAAUCCAGCUCUGGUGGAGCAGAGGCGACGGAUCCGAACCGCCCCGACGCCACCGAAGGUCCAGAAGACGUUGCAGUGACGGCAGCGCCGGCUCCGGCUGCGGCCGCCGUCCCAACGGCUCCGGCUGCGGCCGCCGUCCCAACGGCUCCGGCUGCGGCCGCCGUCCAAACGCCUCCGGCCUCGGCUGUCGCCGCGUCCGAAGCGUCUGAAGCGUCCGAAGCGUCCGCCCCCGGUCCGACUGUCGACACCGGACUGUUCGAGGUAGCGGAGCGUCCUACUCCAGAGUCUUCAGAGGACGCCGGCGAAGAAGCAGAGAAGGAGUCGGAGCCGGCGGUCGUCGUUAUCGACGAAGACUUGAAGGAGACGGUGCCGAAAGGAGGCCGGAGCCAAACCGCCCCGCCGCCGGCCGCCGGAGACGUGGUGGACGAGGCGGUCCGGGACCUGACGGUGGAGCUGGGUCCGACCGACGCGGCGGCCGAGGGGAGCGGCUUCCCGCCCGAGGGGGGGGAACGCGCCGCCGUCACGGCCCCGCCUCCAGUGAGAUACCUGACCACGCCUCCAGUGAGAUACCUGACCACGCCUCCAGUGAGAUACCUGACCACGCCUCCAGUGAGAUACCUGACCACGCCUCCAGUGAGAUACCUGACCACGCCUCCAGUGAGAUACCUGACCACGGCUCCAGUGAGAUACCUGACCACGCCCUCCAUGACCACGGCCAGCCACGGCCGGGAGCUGGUGGUGUUCUUCAGCCUGCGCGUCACCAACAUGGACUUCUCCGAGGACCUCUUCAACAAGACGUCGUCCGAGUACCGAUCCCUGGAGAACACCUUCCUGGACGUGCUGCUGCCGUACCUGCAGGCCAACCUGACGGGCUUCCAGAACCUGGAGAUCCUGAACUUCCAGAGGGGCAGCGUGGUCGUCAACAGCAAGGCCAAGUUCUCCAAGUCGGUGCCGUACAACAUCACCGAGGCCGUCCACGGCGUCCUGGAGCGGUUCUGCUCCGCCGCCGCCAAGAACCUGAUGAUCCAGAUCGACACCCGCAGCCUGGACGUAGAGCCAGCCGACCAGGCCGACGCCUGUAAGUUCCUGGCGUGCGAUGCGGCGUCCCGCUGCGUGGCGAUUGGCCGGUUGAAGGAGGCGCGCUGCGUGUGCCGGCCCGGCUUCCUGUCGGUGGCUGGCCGGCCCUGCCGGAGCCUCUGUGACCUGCAGCCGGACCGCUGCCCCGGAGGCCGGUGCCACAUCCAGCCGGGACACGGGGCCGUGUGCAGAUACAAAGAUGGCUCCUCCCCCCUGGCCAGUUAGGGAUGGAUCACCUGACAAGACCUCACAAGACAUGUCGGCCUCUCUGAACGUCUUCAUGGUGCGCCCCCGCGGCGCCACGAGGCCCCGGUGUUCUUCUCGUGUAUAUUUCAUGUAAAUAGACUCAAAAUGUUUAUCGCUGCUUUUGAAAAAAAGACCCAAACUGUAAUUUUGACUUUUUCUUAUUUUAAAGUGUGAAAAUUGUCAUUUUUAAUGUUCGUCUGAAAUCAAUAGUUGAAAAUACAAACUGUUGAACAACAACAACGUCGUCGUCCUCGUCUUUCAUACGUGUGUCGACAGAAAGAAGCAGCAGAGCGGUGAGUGACACGUGGAAUGUUUUAUUCUGUUAGAGAUCAGCGUUAGAAAAGUGACAGUGAGGAACGAGGAGACGAGGAGACCCGGUCCAGAGUCCGCUCGGCCCCCUGAGACCUGAAGCGGGUCUCCGUCGAGCCGCUUCACGUCAACGUGCCGCUCUGCAGCCAGGCGUUCUGAAGCAGGAGCGGCAGAUUGUCUGUAAACAGGAGGCGACUCUGCGUGACGCUCCGUCUCCCCUAAGCGUCCCGGUUCCAGUUCCGGAGACGUUAAACGUUCCUGUAAACUCCUUGAGAUGAAGACGUGCGCGGCAGUGAGGGACGAUGUCGUUGCAUAAGAGUUUCACAUCGACCAACAGCCCAGAAUCACGGAGCCGAGUUCAAAGAAACUAAAGAAUCAA